AUGACGAAGCAACUAUUAAGUAAGAUCGACCUCGGUGGUCUAGGCUCGCUGCAGAACCGGAUAGUAAUGGCAGCUUUGACGCGUGCACGUGCCAAUAAUCCUGAACAUGAGGCAAAUGAUCUCAUGGCUGAAUACUAUGCCCAGCGUAGUGGGUGUGGUAUCAUUCUGACAGAGGGUACGCACAUCUCACCCGGUGCCAUUGGCUGGGUCGAUGCUGCCGGUAUUUGGACUGAGGGGCAGGUCGAGUCGUGGAGGAAAGUACUAAGCAAGACUCGCGAAGCGGGUGAUGCUAAAGUCGUGAUGCAGUUAUGGCAUCAAGGAAGACAAAGUCACCCAGAGGUAGUAGAGGGUUCCAUGGGCGUGAUUGCACCAUCGGCGAUCAGAGUGGAAGGUCAGAUGCACCUCCGCAAUGAAAAGGCUGACUACGGAAUGCCCCGAGCGCUCACAUUGGAGGAAAUCCCUAAAAUAGUGGAAGAAUACCGCCAUGCGGCAGCUAUGGCUAAGAAAGCAGGAUUCGAUGGGGUACAAAUACACAGCGCAAAUGGCUAUUUGAUCGACACGUUCCUUCAAUCUUGCUCUAACCACCGAGAGGAUAGCUACGGCGGUUCUGUCGAGAAUAGAAUACGUUUCAUGGACGAGGUUAUCAAAGCGGUGCUUCAAGAAUGGCCGGCCGAUAAGGUUGGUAUCAAAUUGUCGCCCAACGGAAUUUUCGGUGGUAUGGGUAGCGAAGAUAACCUGGAGACUUUCGAUGCUGCGAUCAAGAAAAUUGCCGAGCAUAAGCUGGUCUUCAUCGAGCUUAUAGACGGACUUAACUUCGGCUUCCACAAGAAAACUGAACCAUACACUCUGGAGCGGGCUCAAACGCAAGUCAAGAGUGUACAAGGGAAUGAUCCCGUCACGCAUCUCAUUGGUAACUGCGGCUACACUCAAGAGUCCGGCGAGAUGGCCAUUGCCGACGGAAAUGCGUCUCUGAUCUCCUACGGACGACUAUACAUGACGAAUCCCGAUCUCCCAAUGCGAUUCAAAAACAACGCUGAGUUAGUUACAGAGCAAAAUCCCAAAACUUGGAUGACACAUGGGCAAGGCGCUAACGGGUACACCGAUUACGAGGCUUUAUUCGCUCACGAUGGUACCGAUUUGAGAAAAAAGAAAAGCAUUACUGACGAAACGGCAUAGGGGGCGGCGGAGCACACAGUGAAUCAUUCCAAGAUCUUACUGUAGGAAAAACAUAUUUCAAUCGUGGCAAUUAUGCUAAGAAUUUAACCAAGUCUAACAUCUUUAAACUUGCACCAUUAAAGGCCAAAACAGUAAAAACAUUCCGAGAUCCAAUAACUAAGG